AUGUCUUUGCUUAACGAGGAACGAAAUUUAACAAAUCUGUUCGAUGGCACUGAUUGGAAUGUCUACCAAUCGAAAUUAUUAAAUUUGGGUGUUGGAGCCCCUGGUACGGAUUUAUUACAAUAUUGUGGAGAUAUUUUUUGCAAGGCUACGGAACAUCGUAUGAAAAUCGACAAGGAAGAAAAUUCGUCCAUGUUAUUUCAAUAUGGCCCGACUUCUGGUCCCUAUGAGGCAAGAUUUGAAAUUGCGAAAUAUUUUACAGAAAUGUAUGGAUCAGAAGUGAAGUGUGAAGAUUUGAUUAUUACCAGUGGAGCUUCCCAAGGUCUUCAAGUUAUACUAUCGACGUUGGUCGAUUUAAAUGGUUACGUGUUUGUGGACGAAUUCACAUACAUGCUAGCAUUAGAUACUAUGAAACAGUUCCAAACGCUUAAUAUUGUGCCGUUAAAAUUGAACGAAAAUGGAGUUGAUUUAGUGGAGCUUGAAACUCACGUGAAAGAGAAGCAAUUUAAGAGUAACAAAAAAGAAUUCUGGGCCAUGUAUUAUACAAUACCUACAUAUCACAAUCCAACUGGCAUACGUUUCUCCUCUGAAGUAUGUCAAGGUUUAGUUCAAUUGGCAAGGAAAUAUGAUUUCCUAAUAACGUGCGAUGAUGUCUACAACAUUUUAAAUUAUAAAGGAGUGUGUGCGCCAAAAAGACUAUUCGCUUAUGACGUGAAAGAUGAUAUCGAUUAUAAAGGUCAUGUCAUAUCAAAUGGUAGUUUUUCAAAAAUUUUGGGUCCCGGCGUCCGUUUGGGUUGGAUGGAGGUGCCAAGGAGAAUGAAAACUUUAUUGGAUUCCUGUGGAAUUAUCAAUAGUGGCGGAUGUUUGAAUAAUUACACAUCUGGCAUCGCGGCAAGUUUAUUCCAUCUUGGACUGGCACAACAACAUAUUGAGCGCAUGUUUAACGCGUACAAGGAACGAAUGUUAGCUACAUGUGAAGUAUUUGAGAAGGAAUUGCCGUCAGGUUGUCAAAUGAUAACUCCUGAAGGUGGUUAUUUCAUAUGGAUUUCUAUGGGGGAAAAUUUCAAUGCAUCCGAUUUUCUUAAAAUGUGUAUGGAAGAAGAAAAAAUCUUUUUCAUUGUUGGAUCAAGAUUUUCCCUGAAUCCAGAAAAGGGACAAAAUAGCUUCCGGAUAUCUAUAGCAUUUCAUAGUAAAGAAAAACUUGUUGACGGUGCCAAAAGAAUUUGUCGAUGCCUUAAGAAAUAUAUGAAUAAAGAGAAUAAUUAA